CUCAUAUUGUUAGAGUAUUUGAUUUUUUUGAAAAGAAAAGAAUUUAGAGAUUUAUCGAUUUCUCUAUUCAUCCAACUAAUUCUUUCUUUAUUUGACCUGUUCGUCUUAUAAUGGGAAAAAAAGGAGUCGUCGCUUUUAUUAAGGACUUUUACUAUGAUCCAUUCAAAUGGUCAGUUGUGAAGAGUGUGGGAUUUUUCACAGUCGGUGUUGUUAUCGCCAGUGAGUGCUCUGGCCUCGAAUUAAUGCCAGCAAUCCCACAAUAAAUUAUUUAAAAAAAUAUCCUUAAGCUAAACAACCAACAUGUUGCAUUAUAUAAUUUUAAUCCUUUUUGUGACUCCUAUGCUUAGCAAUGCCGAGAAAAGGCCAAAUUUUGUUAUAAUCCUAACUGAUGAUCAAGAUGCAGUCCUUGAUGGCAUGACUCCAAUGAAGAAUGUGAAACGUUUUAUUGGCUCUGAAGGCGUCACAUUUACUAACUCUUAUGUUACGUCACCUAUAUGCUGCCCAAGUCGAGCUAGUAUUCUGACUGGAUUGUAUGUCCACAACCAUAUGAUACGUAACAACAGCCUCAGUGGAGGUUGUUAUGGUACCGAUUGGCGACAUAAAGAACAUCGAGUGUUUGCUAAUGCCCUGAAAAAUGCUGGAUACGAUACCUUUUAUGCUGGCAAGUAUUUGAAUCAGUACGGCGUCAAGGGGGCCGGAGGUCCGGACAUAGUGCCUCCCGGUUGGUCAGAAUGGCACGGCUUGGUGGGCAACUCUGUCUACUAUGACUAUGUGAUGUCGAAUAACGGCGUGCCGACACAUCUCACUGACCGCUACCUGACCGAUGUCAUUCGGGACCUUAGUAUCAGCUACAUAGAGAACCAGACAGAAUCUCGGCCGUUCCUCAUGGUGUUAGCGCCGCCCGCACCACAUCAGCCUUUCACCCCGGCACCGCGACAUCGAGGCUUCUACAAGAACACUACGGUGGUCAAACAUCCCAACUUCAAUGUGGCUGCUGAGGACAAACACUGGCUCAUUAAAAUGCCUCCAACUCCCCUUCCGGAUACCUUACUUCCGGAACUGGAUCGCGUGUUCCGCUCCAGAUGGGAGUCCUUAUUGGCCGUCGACGAAAUGGUAGCAGAUGUAGUAGGAGCACUAGAAGAUGUAUCGCAACUGGAUAAUACUUACUUAAUCUACACUUCUGACAAUGGCUACCAUAUCGGACAAUUCGCACAAGUGUACGACAAAAGGCAACCUUAUGAGUCGGACAUAAAGGUGCCGCUGAUGAUCCGUGGUCCAGGGCUCGGGAAAAACAUUACGGACCCUCAACCAGUUCUCAAUAUUGACUUGGCUCCAACUAUUCUUAAACUGGCUGGUGUAGAAGCGACUCAAAUGGAUGGGAGACCUAUAGAUUUGGAAGUUAAAACGGAAAUCAAGGAGAGAUACAUGUUGGUAGAAUAUUAUGGUGAAGGCAGAGAUGGUAGCGUCGAUCCGAAGUGCCCUUGGAAGUAUGACAGUGACAAUCUUGCGCAAUGCUACCCAGAAUACGAGUGCAAGUGCCAGGACUCGAGAAACAAUACAUUCGCGUGUGUAAGACACAUUGCGAAACGGCUCAACAUGAAGUAUUGCGUUUUCGACGAUCAGAAAAAUUUUGCAGAGCUUUACGACCUAUCCGAAGAUCCAUAUGAGAUGAACAACGCAAUCGAAGAGGAAUUUCAAGCCAUCAUAGUUUGGUACAACAACUACCUGAGCAAAAUGUUGAAGUGUAAAGGUGCCGCGAAUUGCGACAACCCUAUAAGUUGAGCGGUGUAAACAACGCGCGAGUCGUAGAAGAUAAUGUUUCUUUUUCUUCUAAAUAAAUUGCUUGCUUUAGAGGCUCUACUACUGUCCAAUGUGUAGUAACGCAACAUUUAAAAAGUAUUAAACAAGUUAACGUGUAUCCGAGUAUUUUAUUUAUCUUCCUUUUUAAUCUCUUGAUUAAGGAUAAACUAUAAUUAAAUCAAGUCAGCUACAAGGGUAACUUUUUCGAUUUCAUUGCAUUGAUAAAGAUCAGCGUAAAAGCAAUCGAUGUAAAGAAUUGAAAUUAAUAUUUCCACACUAAAGCACUCACUAAAAUUAUAGUACCUACGUACCUAUCAAUUCCACUCAAUUAUCUCGCCUGAUUGUGUGACGGAAAAACUUACAUAUUUAAAUGAUAUAGGCAACCGAUGUUUAACAUUUUUUUAUUACA